GUCCUCAGAGUAUAUUAUGAUCGCCUUGUGGAUAAUGCUGACAGAAGCUGGCUUAUUAACUACAUACAAGAAAUUCUGAAAAAUUACAUGCGGGAAGAUUUUCAUGACCUAUUUAAAAACUUGGAUUUUAAUCAUGAUGGCACUGUAGAAGAAGAUGAUUUAAGAAGUUUAAUGUUUUGUGAUUUCCAUGAUCCUAAGAGGGAAGAUUUUGGCUACAGAGAAAUUGCAAAUGUGGAUGCUCUCAGGAUGAUUGUUGAAGGCCAUCUAGAUGAAUAUAACAACAUGAGCAAAAAGCCCAUGAACCUCGUCUUGUUCCGAUUUGCCAUAGAACACAUAAGCAGAAUUUCUCGAAUCUUGAAGCAGCCACGGAGCCACGCCCUUCUGGUGGGGGUGGGCGGGAGCGGGAGGCAGUCAGUCACCAGACUUGCUGCACACAUGGCUGAUUAUUCACUAUUCCAAGUGGAAAUCUCCAAGGGCUACGGUAGCCAUGAGUGGCAUGAAGAUCUGAAAGUGAUCUUAAGAAAAUGUGCAGAGAAUGACAUGCAGGGAGUCUUCCUGUUCACAGAUACACAAAUAAAAAGAGAGUCGUUUCUAGAAGAUGUCAACAACCUCCUAAACGCCGGAGAGGUUCCAAACCUCUUUGCUUUAGAUGAGAAGCAAGAAAUAUGUGAAAAAAUGCGUCAGUUAGAUCGCCAGCGGGAUAAAACCAAACAGACAGACGGGAGCCCAAUAGCUCUUUUCAACAUGUUUAUUGACCGCUGCCGCAACCAGUUGCAUGUGGUCCUGGCCAUGAGUCCCAUCGGAGACGCAUUUCGGAUUCGUCUUCGGAAAUUCCCUGCUCUUGUUAACUGCUGUACCAUUGACUGGUUUCAGUCAUGGCCAGAAGAUGCUCUGGAAGCGGUUGCUUCACGGUUCCUGGAAGACAUUGAGAUGUCAGAGGAAAUCCAAGAAGGCUGUAUUGACAUGUGUAAAAGGUUCCACACUUCUACUAUCAACUUAUCAACAUCCUUCCACAACGAACUUCAAAGAUAUAAUUAUGUGACUCCCACCUCCUACCUGGAAUUGAUCUCUACCUUCAAACUGUUGUUAGAAAAGAAAAGAAA